AGAGCAGAGAGCUGAAAACAACUCAGAAACCUCCAACUCCCAGGCUGAAGCUCGCUCUCUCACCCUCCACCAUGAAGGUCUCCGCAGUCCUUCUGUGCCUGAUGCUCACAGUGGCCACCUUCAGCAGCCACGUGCUUGCUCAGCCAGAUGGGAUUAAUAUCCCCACCUGCUGCUACACAUUCCAGAGAAGGAACAUCUCCAUGCAGAAACUGAAGAGUUACACCAGGAUCACCAGCAGCCACUGUCCCAGGGAAGCUGUGAUCUUCAAGACCAAGCUGGACAAGGAGAUCUGUGCUGACCCCAAGCAGAAGUGGGUCCUGGAUGCCAUCAAGCACCUGGAAAAGAAAACCCAAACUCCAAAGCCUUGAACCCUCAUGCCUGAACAGAAACCAGGCCAGGACUUGAGAAAUGAUGCAUCUACAUCCUCUGUCCUUUUUGAGAAUUGCUCUGAGAUUAGUUUAUUACAAUUCUAAGGGCUAUGAGUUGUGUGUAAUAAUGUGAAUGAUAAUUUUUUCUUAAGUAAUAUUCUUAAAGUUAUUAAUAUUUUAAUUUAAUCUGUCAUGGAUGUUGGAGUGUUUUGAAUGUAAAGUGUUGAACACUUUAGUCCUGUCAAAAGCACAGGAUGUUCCUCCCUGCCUGCUUUGCCGCAGUCUUAGGAAGGACCUUGCAAGAAACAAUGCAAAGAUUUUAUUUAAAAUGUGUGACAAUGAAACCAUAAUGUUAUUAUGAAAUGGAAUAUUUAUAUAGGUAUGACUUUUGCAUUU